GUCCGCAGCCGGAGAAAGUGAGAUCGAUUCCAAUUUAUCUGUUCAUUGCCUCUCUCCUGUUGCAGUCUUGCUCCCUUAGACCCAGUGACACCGCCAAAGCCCUCUUCUCCUCCCUCCUCUUCUUCUUCCUUUGUUUUGCGAAUGGAGAAUCUCAGUAUGGCUUUGGUAUCUUCCCCUCCCAAACUAGUACUGGGUUACACUCACAACUCUUGUCUGAAAAACCCCAACAGAGAACUCACUAGACCCGGAAUCUCUUCCUUUGUCCUCCCCUUCUCCUUUCGAAAUUCAAAGAUUGCUCCUUGUGUCUCCAGAAUCUCUCUCUCCGCCCAUUUUAAUGGUGCUCCUCGCAGAAUCCGCCAUAACGUGAUACCGACCGGAAAGUCUGGAGCUGAGCGUUUUGCCAGUGUUUCUUCUUGGACUGGUAAUCAGCAAACCUCUUCAGUUGGCGUUAACUCGAAUCUCGCUGUCCCGCCACCCUCAUCACAAAUAGGGUCACCACUACUUUGGAUUGCAGUAGGUGUUGGGAUUUCAGCUUUGUUCUCUUGGGGAGUUUCGACUGCAAAGAAAUAUCUAAUGCAGAAAGCGUUCACGAGUUUUAUGGACCAGAUGAAUACUCAAAACAACCAAUUCAGUAAUGUUCCCUUUCCUUCUGGAUCACCAUUCCCAUAUCCAACACCUUCGACAGGACCUCCUAUAUCACCUUCCCCAGCUGCUCCCACUCCAUCAAUUACAGUUGAUGUGCCUGUAACAAAAGUGGAAACCGCUCCAGCAACUGAUCCUGUGAAUGAAAUGAAAAAGGAAACUGAAAUUAAAGAACCAAAGAAACCUGCUUUUGUAGACGUUUCUCCAGAAGAAACCAUUCAGAAAAGCCCCUUUGAAAACUUUGAAGAUGUGGCUGAAACGAGUUCACCAAAGAAUGUUUCUAAUAGUGGAGCUGCUGCUAAGCAGGAUCUAGGUGCUUCUGGGGGUUUUCAGUCAACUGGGAAACCAGGUUCUGUCUUAUCAGUAGAAGCUUUGGAGAAAAUGAUGGAAGAUCCAACAGUGCAGAAGAUGGUUUUUCCAUACUUACCUGAGGAAAUGAGAAAUCCUGACACCUUCAAGUGGAUGUUACAAAAUCCCAUGUACCGUCAACAACUGCAAGACAUGCUAAAAAAUAUGGGUGGAAGUGCUGAAUGGGACAAUAGGAUGAUGGAGUCCUUGAAAAAUUUUGAUCUUAGCAGUCCUGAGGUUAAGCAGCAAUUUGACCAGAUUGGACUUACUCCUGAAGAAGUUAUUUCCAAAAUUAUGGCCAAUCCCGACGUUGCCAUGGCAUUCCAAAAUCCUAGAGUUCAACAAGCCAUCAUGGAUUGUUCCCAGAACCCAAUGAGUAUUGCAAAAUAUCAAAAUGAUAAGGAGGUUAUGGAUGUUUUCGCCAAAAUAUCAGAACUCUUCCCUGGAGUGACAGGUUCAUCAUGAUGUUCCUUCUUCUUGUUGACAGCGGCUGCUUUGUGGCGUAAUAUGCUCAAUGCUCAUUGUAUUCCCAAUGAUCCAAGUGAUUGACUCUGGACUGUGCAGGCAAACGUCUUUGCUGAUGAAAAAAAAUCCAGAUUUUAAGUUUUGUUUUUCACAAUGAGCAUUACAGGUGAUGCCAAAUAUUCCGCUCUUCUUGUAGUCUAGGCUAUCAUACUAUGAUUUUUGGUUACUCCUACUCUCAAAAGUAGUUCAAAAAUAAACCAAAUGUUAGAUUUUCGAUUUGCAUUAAAAGAAUAUGAGAACUUGGAUGCCUGCUCCAACAGCUACAUUUGAGUACCCUGAAAAUACUCACGCUACUCACGCUGGUUGAUAUUGAAACUGGGACUAAACUAGUUUGAGGAAAACCUGCACCAAGGUCUGCCCUUGCACUCCACAUGCCAUCUUAGUAUUAUUGUGCAGAUUAUGUUCUGGAUAAAUAUCAAUGAGGGCC